UAUUGCUUAUUCUUCUUACCAACUGAAACUUGAACUAAAUUCCAGAUGAGCAUCCUAAACAAUUGCGCAACAUGCGGUGGGCAGCCCUGCUUCCCUCUAAAAGGAACAGGAAUUCAGGAAUCAAAUCAAAAUUAUCCAAAAUCUCUUCCAUUGCAUGGAACCCAUGCGAAGAAACCAUUACAGCCAAAUUCUACAAUAAAUAGAACUUCACCAACCAUGACAAUCAAUGGAGAAGCUGCUUCUUUACCAGAGGAAUUCAUUAGUAAAUUUCCAGAUGCAAGUUUUAUGAGCAAGAAACAAGGAAUUGAAGAGCUUUCUCAGCUUCUCACUAAGAAUGACUACAGUAAACAUUCUAUGGAGUUUGAGCCCUUUUUCAUGGGACCUUUCAUGGAGUUUGAGAACGAAAAAAUCAGCUCAACAGCGAUGAAAGAAGAGAAGAAGGCUGUGCUUGCUGUAUCUGUUUCUUCUGCUUUGAAGCUUGAUGAAAGGCAAGUUAGUUUAAUUGCUCGUAAAGUGAAGAGGCUUACUGGUUUUACAAAUUUGAAGUUGGAGAAUACUAUAGAUCCCACACUUAUUGCUGGAUUUGUGAUCAGCUAUGGUGAUGAUGGAUCCAAUAUUAUUGACCUCAGUGUGAAGGGUCAGCUGGCUAAUUUGGCUUCCCAGGUUGAAUCUUUGGAUAAAUGGAUUCCUAGCCAUGAUGAGAGAUGAGUUUUGCUUGUUGUAUGCUUUGUUUGAGUUGUAAG